AUGUUUCCUCGAGCUGCCAUUCGGGGUCUAUCCUCCAAAUUCACAGCAGCUGCUACCAGAGCUCCUGUUCGAGCAGCAGCAGCAGCAGGACGAUUCGCAAGACUCUCCUUGCCGGCAACUUCCGCCAUGGCCACCACUGCCACCAUGUCCUUUUCGACCAAGACUGAGGACGGCAACGAGGUCGCCAACCCCGACAUGUUUUGUCGUCAAUGCGAACAGACCAAGGAUCACUUUGCCUGUACCACAGUCGGUGUCUGCGGCAAGACAGCGGAAACCUCGGCCAUGCAGGACGCCUUGAUGCACACCCUCAAAACCCUAAGUAUCUGGGCCAUAGCGGGCCGAACAAAAGGACUGACUGCGGAAGAGUUGCAUGCCGUCAAUGUUUGGACGCUAAAGGCAGCCUUUUCCACACUUACCAAUGUCAAUUUUUCAGAAGAACGCAUUGCCGAAUACAUUCAAGAGGGCAUGGCCAUUAAAAAGGAUUUGGAAGCCGCCAUUGGACCCGAGUCCGCACCCACUGGUGACUUGGCAAGUAUCGACUUGUCUGGGAUGGACCUAGCUGCAUUGGAAGACUUUGGAUAUUCUGUCUCUUUGCCAAUCCGCCAAGAAGCCAUGGGAGACCCCGAUUGCUUUUCCUUGAAUGAAAUUGGAACCUAUGGUAUCAAGGGCGUCAGUGCCUAUGCAGCGCAUUGCUACCAACUAGGAAAGAUGGACGAAGAAGUGAUGGCUGAUAUCCAUCAAGUCUUUGCCAAACUUGGUUCCGAUGAAGCUGAUAUGGAAGGAUUAUUGGCCAAUGCCAUGAAGGUUGGCGAGAUCAAUUCCAGGGUCUUGGCCAUGUUGGACGAUGCACAUGCAACUACAUUUGGAGAGCCAGAACCAACGCAAGUCCCGAUUACUGUCACGGAAGGCAAGGCCAUUUUGGUUUCCGGUCACGACAUGAUGGACUUGGACAUCCUCCUUCAACAGACAGAAGGCACCGGAGUCAACGUCUACACGCACGGAGAAAUGCUCCCCGCCCAUGCACAUCCUGGACUCAAGAAGUACCCCCACCUCAAGGGUAACUACGGAACUGCCUGGCAAAAUCAAAAGUUUGAAUUUGCAAGCUUUCCAGGACCCAUUGUGGUGACCACCAACUGUGUGUUGGAACCCAGACGAGCAUACCGCAACCGCCUCUACACCAUGAACGAGGUUGGUGUCGACGGUGUAUCACACAUUGGAGAAGACCGAGACUUUAGUGAAGUCAUCGAUCAAGCCUUGCACAUGAAGGGAUUUAAGAAAACUAUUGAGCCAGUCCAAUAUCAUACCGUCGGAUUCAAUCAUCGAGCUGUAUUGCCAUUGGCCAAUGAUAUUAUUGAAGCAGCAAAAACGGGUGUCUUGUCUCGAAUUGUAUUGAUUGGAGGUUGCGAUGGCAGUCAAUGGGAGAGAAGCUACUUUACGGAUUUGGCCGAGGAAUUGCCUGACGAUACUUUGAUAUUGACACUAGGUUGCGCAAAGAAUCGUAUCAUUCACAGUGAAAAGCUACUUGGUGCCACGCUAUCCAACGGGAUGCCCCGCGUCUUGGAUAUGGGACAGUGCAAUGACUCCUAUUCGGCCAUCGUGGUUGCUACGGAACUCGCGAAGGCGUUGAAUUGCGGCGUCAAUGAUUUACCCUUGUCUCUAGCACUCAGCCAUUUAGAACAAAAGGCGACCGCGGUACUUUUGACUCUUCUCUCAAUGGGAGUGAAGAAUAUUCGAUUGGGUCCCACUCUUCCGGCUUAUGUGACGCCCGGUGUCUUGGAUGUUUUGGUGCAGAAUUUCAAUCUCAUGCCCACGACAGAUGCCAUCAGCGAUAUCAAACAAAUAAUGCAGGGCAACUAG